CCUUUCGGCCGCGCACGUCCCCACCCACGUCUCAACUUUAUAGCCGCCCCUCCCCGCCGCCGCGGCCGCCACGCACAGCAGCAACCGCAACCCCGAGCCCUACUCCUGCUACCGCCGCCGCCACCGCGCCGAACGCCAUGGCCGACCCAGCGGAGCACCGUCCGGCCGAGGAGGAGGAGGAGGCCGCGGCAGCCGGCGAGGACGAGGACACCGGCGCCCAGGUCGCCCCCAUCGUCAAGCUUGAGGAGGUCGCCGUCACCACCGGCGAGGAGGACGAGGACGUCCUACUGGACAUGAAGGCCAAGCUGUAUCGAUUCGAUAAGGAGGGGAACCAGUGGAAGGAGCGAGGUACUGGCACCGUCAAGCUGCUGAAGCACAAGGAGACCUCCAAGGUUCGCCUGGUCAUGCGCCAGGCGAAGACACUCAAGAUCUGCGCCAAUCACCUUGUGGUGUCCACGACAAAGAUGCAGGAGCACGCGGGGAGCGACAAGUCUUGCGUGUGGCACGCGCUGGACUUCGCCGACGGCGAGCUGAAGGAGGAAAUGUUCGCGAUCCGCUUUGGGUCGGUUGAAAACUGCAAGAAGUUCAAGGAUAGUGUGGAAGAGAUUGCUGAGCAGCAAGGAAAGAAUGAUGAAAAAGAAAGUGAGGAGGCUUCCUCUGCUGCUGAAUUGGUAGAGAAGUUAACAGUGACAGAGGCCAAAAAGGAGGAAGCUGCGGAUAAAGAGGAAGCUCCUGCAGCAGAUGAUAAGAAGGAUGUCAAAGAGUGAGGGCACCUGCUUUCGCCUUUGGUGGGCAUUUGUAUACUGAAACAAGUGUCAAACGAGUGUCAUUCCAUUCAUUUUGUUGUCAGGGUUCAUCUUCCCUUCACAAAUUUUCAUUUGUGUUUUCCUCGGGAUGAAUGUUUGUGUUAGGUGGAAUCUGAGUUGUCUGUCAUCUACUUGGCAUUCGUGGUCGAUACUGUUAUUGGAGUCUCCUGUUUAUCUGGGAUGGAGUGGCUGGGGUCAGCAUGUUUGUACAAUUAUUUGGAGUUGCUUUUGGAAUGGACGUGGUUUGAGUUGUCCAAAGUCUGUCUUUUCCCUUCA